GAUUCGUGUACGAAGGGUGGUGGCGAUACGAACGGUUUCCACGCAUUUUCGGCAGUAUUUCCCGUAAACACAAGACAACGGAUAAUGUUUCGAAAAAACUUUGUCGUCAGUUUCAAAGUAUACUUUCGCAACUGCAUACGCAAUAAAAGUUUCAGACAAGUUUAAUUUCUGUGCUCACAGUUCUGUGCUGUGCCCCACUAACAAUAAUCAUCAUUAUACAAAACGGCUGCAGCACCGCACACACAGAGAUAGAGACAGCGCACAUACAUACAGUUUUCAACGACGACGACUACGACUACGACGACCAAAGAAGUUUUCGGAAAAAGUAGAAAACUUUGGCGCACACAUCACACAACAGUGAAAACAACGAUCAUAGCGUAAAAUAAUUUUAAACGCAGUGUGCCCGAAAACGCCAAACACCAAUUUCGCUUGCUGUUUGAAUUUGUAAGGAAAGUUUGAGGAAAAGUUUUUUUUUUAUUUUAGUGUGAUUUAUGUCAAGGUUAUUAAACUUCUCUCAAGUGAUAAUUAACUUAGUAAAACUUUUCAUCACAUUGUUAUAAAACUCUGCAUACGAAUACACUUACACAUCGACCCGAAAAUUUUCUGUAGAAUUUUGGAAUAAUUUUUUUUCGUUCUGUACACUUCGAUUGCUAACCCAGUCUCUCUGUUUUUAUUUUAUCACUUGUUCGAUGCGCGCGUGAGAGUUCAACAAGCUAUAUAACCAAAAAAAAAAACCGACUCAUAAAAGACAAAGUUUAUCAAAAAAUAAACUUGAGACAGUUUUUCGCCGUCAAAGUCGUAAUUAAUUAAAAGUAAGAAGGAGAGCAGAGAAAGCGAAAAUUGUGUAACUCCAAUGUUUUGACUGCGACAAACAACAAAGUUUGUUUUUAGUGGUUUUUUAAUGGCACUUCAAGAAGUCGAACACAUCGUUCCAGUCUGAUUCUGUGUGUAAAAAGUUUCGUCUUUCGAAAAUCAAUAGAGAAUCACGGCAAAAAUCAUUGACCUCGCGAACAUUCGGAACUUGUUGACUGGUGCUAACGAAGUCACUUUUAUCGAAGGUUUUUUUUCCCAAUUUUCUUCUAAAUUUGCAUGUGAAGUGUUUUAAUUUUUCGAAAACAAGUGAAAGAUUUUGACAAAACACAGGUGACACAAGACACAAAGUUAAUUUGUAAAUGGUAAAAUGUCUCCGCUACCAAAUGCAAAUAGCAGCACCAACAAUUCAAACAAUUUGAAUAGUUUGUCAACGAGUCCAAGUGCAAAUAACUCAAGCAGCAGUUCGGCAUUCAAGCCACUCAUAAGUGAAAAUCGUCAAUUAAACAUGCUCUCGUCAACGGUCACCUCGGCUACGGCCGGUUCAGCAGUCGAUCCCUACACCAGCGAUUUGACAUCGGCUUAUGGCAGCGCCUAUCAUCACCAUCAUCAUCACUUGAAUUCACAACUCACACAAGACUAUCUCAAUGUGCAUCAGAGUUUGCCAUUAGUAUAUAAAAGUGAACACGAGGAUUUGCAAUCGGGCUACAGUUUUGCACGUCCGGUGAAAUUGUAUGAGCACAGUUCGACGACGAGCACAUCGACUAGCACCGUUGGUUGCGGCGGAUCGGCUGCUACGAAUGGUAGUGGCGUUAGUGCUGGUUAUUCGUCGGCAAAUUUACAUCAGAACGGCUAUCGCGGUGAUGCUCCAUCGCCAGGUGCUUCGAUCAUUGAUUUGUCCACGUCAAGUGUAACAUCGUUGCGAAGUGGCGUCGGAUCGACUUGCUUCCCCAGCAGCUCAUACUAUGAUGGCCAACGAUACGAUCGAUCGCCUCAGUCAGCGUCGAGUCCACACUACUCCAGCCCACAAAUGCUCAGUCCACAGGGACAAACACUCGAUUUGAGUGUCGGCCGAACAACCAAUGGCAAUGAGAAUGCGGGAGCAACAAGUCGACAAUGCGUCAGUACAAAGCAAUCGCAACCGUAUACAAAUGGAACGAGCUACUCGCCAAAGACUGAGCGAACUGAUUUCAACAACAGUCGGCCCGUUUGUCUUGAUUUUGUCAGCUCGUUUGGUUCAUCAUCUUUCAGUCGUGAUACGGUGCAAAGUAAUGGCAGCUCAAUUAAUUUUAUGGAUUAUAGAGACUUCAAUGGCAACAGUCCGCACUCGAGCUACGCAAUGUUUGCUGCACAAAGUGAAUAUCCACCACCACCGCCCAACGGUUAUGCCGGAUACAAUCAUGCUUAUCACUAUUCGAAUCCCUACAUCAAUCCAUCAAGCACAAACUAUCCAUUGGCCGUCGCUGGUGAUUACAAUCCCAACUCAUUCGGUAUGCCGCCGCCACAGCACUUGCCGCAAGACAUCAAAAUUCCAAAAGACAGUUUAUUCAAAAAUGAUCGUAGUCAUCCGCAAGAGCUAAAAUGUCCAACACCCGGAUGCGACGGUUCUGGCCACAUAACAGGAAACUAUUCCUCUCAUCGAAGUCUAUCUGGAUGCCCUCGUGCUAACAAACCCAAAACCAAACCAAGAAGUGGACAAGACUCCGAACCAUUGAGAUGCCCGAUUCCUGGAUGCGACGGCUCUGGUCAUUCGACUGGCAAAUUUUUAUCACACAGAAGUGCAAGUGGGUGCCCGAUCGCGAAUCGAAACAAACUACGUGCUUUGGAAAUGGAAAGUGUAGUUGAAAAACAGCGUCACAUGACAGUUGGCAAUGGUGGUAACACAUCUUCAUUGCUCGUCAGCACCAACCCAAAUAGUCUCAACAGUAACAACAAUAAUGUCAGCGCAUCGAACAGCAUUCCGACAAGUAACAGCCAUAGCUACAUGUCAUCACUACCCUUAACAUCGUUAGUUCCAUCAUCAAGUGUGUCGCUAUCUUCACACACUUCAAGUACAUCGACUUCAGCAAUUAAAAUUGACGGCAUUAAUUGCCCCACCAUAGGUUGUGAUGGAACUGGGCACAUAAAUGGCACAUACUUGACACAUCGUUCACUCUCUGGUUGUCCUUUAGCACAGGGAAUCAAGCGAACAAAAUAUGAUGACAGCAGCAGUUCACUCUUGGCAUCGGCGAAUCGAUUAACCGGAGAUAUGGAUGUUGAUCAUAAAAAUGGAAGCUCAACCAAUGGCGAAAACUUUUCAUCGAGUGCAACAGAUGUGACCGAUUUGCAGCGAGAAAAAGCACAAGUCGAAUUGCAAAUGCUUCGACUCAAAUCCAACAUCAACGCCAUAGAAUUUCAAUUGAAUCAUAACGAACGGUGCGUCUAAAUAUAAAUAGGUGAAAUAUUUCUACUUUUACCACGUAAAUAACAGCAAAAAAAAAAUGCUAAACUUUGAAGAAAUGUUUUUUGAAGUAUUCCACGUACACAUCCAAAAAAAAUAUACAUUCACUCUAUAUUUUAUGCAUUAAAUGAACUUAGAUUUAUGUAUAAUGAACACAAUGCAGGCUAUUCUCGAUAUUUAAAGAAAAAAAAAACAACUAAUAAUAAUUAUUAUCUAUUGACGUAAUAUUUUACCAAAAACACACACACAAGACAAGCAAAUUAUUCUCUACAAUUUAUUGAAGAUUGCGAACGACGAAUAUAGAAUGAAAUCGGAUGAUGGGGUGAGAGCUUGAAGUUCUCAUUUUGGAUGAAAGCUAGUCAUAGAGAAUUUUAUGUGCAAUAUUCGUAUUUAACUGAUAAGUAAAAUUAAUUUGAAACUAAAAACAAACAAUGGUGUAGUAAUUUUUGUGAAUGGUAAACACUUUUGGGAUUUUUCGGAUCAAAACAGGAGAAUCCCGUAUGCAAAUAGCAACGAUUUCUUCUCGAAUUUUGUGUACGUGAAUACGGGAAAUGUUGUCGUUUCGGUUCACAAACGAGUCACAUUUCCGUAAAUAUUUCAUAUGAAAAAAAUUGUCGCAUUAAAAAAACUAUUGUCAGAUGUUAGGCUAUAAAAAGAAAACAAGAAAAAAGUACAUUGUUUUGGCUGAAUCCAAGAAAUUAACACGUAAAGGCGGAGUAAAAAAAUUCAGUGUCAUCAUAAAGUGUUACUAUUUAAAAUUGAUGAAUGUUUGAAAAACCUUUUUAUAUAUAAACAUGUAUCCAAACAAAAGGGCAGAAGGUAGCAACUAGAUUCAUUUUUGUAAAUAAUUUUCACACAUUGUUUAUGUUUAAGUGGUCGAUUGGCGUUAUGUAACUAAUAUUUGGUGAUAAAUAAGAAAACAUUAAAAAAAAACAGAAGAAAAAAAACCCAGAACAGUUUUUAUUAGUUCAAGUAAAACUUUUUAGUCGUUGUUGUGUUAUGUUUUGAUUCCAAACUUGUUUUCGUUUCUUUUCUUUUCCAUUUUUUUUUUUUUGCUUAACAUAACUUUUAACCUGAAAUUGGCUCUGAUCAUUGUCACAACAUACACACACACACACACAUUCGAUGUCGGAGCUUAAACGAAAUGAACAAUUCAAUCAAGUUUUAUCACUAUGUAUACACAGCAUUAUGCUAACUAUACCAAUGGAAAAGCCAAUUCAUGGAAUAAAUCAAGUGUCGGUAAUAAGUAAUAAAUGAAAGAAAUUACAACUAAUCACACAUUAUACAUAAACUAACUGUUAUCACGAUUCCUAGAGUUAAAUGAAACCAAAACCAAAAAAAAAAAAAAUUAAAAAAGAAAACACACCCUUAAAACCUACACAACACCAUUUACCACUACACAACCAUUGCUACUAUGUAUUUGCAAUAGGACAUCUGUCUCAACAAACAAUGCAAAAGAACAAUUUACUUAACGAAAUUUACAAAUGAAACAUCGUCAAAUAAAAAUUGGUCGGAAUAAUAAAA